AUGGCGGUGGAGGGCGAUGAUCCCAAGGAGGGGGAGGAAGAGGUGGUGUUUGAAGAGCUGAGCCUGGUCCAGGGCACCUGGACUCGGCGGUUCGUUAUAUUCCCCGAGCGGGACCGGUCGCGGUUCGGUCCGGCCGGAGCCGCUGACGCGUCUCUCCCCGCUCGGCUGCAGGCUCAGCGCUGGCGCAAUGAGAACUACGAGAGGCCGGUGGACUUGGAGGGCUCUGGGGACGAUGACCCCUUUGGGGACGAUGAACUGGACGAUGUCUACUCGGGCUCCGGCUCAGGGUAUUUUGAGCAGGAGUCGGGGCUCGAGACAGCAGUGAGCCUUACCACGGACACGUCCGUCACGCUCCCCACCACGGCGGCUGUGCUGCCCAUCACCUUGGUGCAGCCUGUGGCAACCCCCUUUGAACCAUUCCCCGCUGAGGACACCACCCCCGAGCAGACAACCAGCAUCUUGUAUAUCUCCAGGAUGACAGAAACACCAGUGAUCCCCAGUUGGAAAGCAACCACCACCAGUACCACUGCCAGUGAUGCCCCUACCACCAUGACCACCACCACGACCACCACGGCCACCACCACCGCGGCAACGACCACCACCAGCACCACCAUGGCCACUGCCAAGCCCACCACCGCCCGGAGUUUCCUGCCCCGCUUUGUCACCAAGGCAGCCACCACCCGGGCCACCACCCUGGAGACACCCACCACCUCCGUCCUCGAAACCAGCACCCCAACAGAGGUGGCCACGUCACGACUUGUCCCCAUCAGCACAGCUAAGCCCAGGUCCCUGCCAAAACCAAGCACCUCCAGGACUGCAGACCUCACAGAAAAAAGCACUGCCUUGCCAUCCAGUCCUGCCACGCUGCCGCCCACAGAAGCCCCCCAGAUGGAGCCAGGGGAGCUGACGACAGUCCUUGACAAUGAGCUAGAGAUCCCGGCCAGCAGCGGCCCCAGCGGAGACUUUGAGAUCCGGGAGGAGGAAGAGACGACUCGUCCUGAGCUUGGUAAUGAGGUGAUGGCCGUGGUGACACCACCGUCAGGACCCGGGCUGGGCAAGAACAUGGAGCCGGGGCUGAUCGACAACACGAUAGACUCCGGCAACUCGGCUGCUCAGCUCCCUCAGAAAAACAUCCUGGAGAGGAAAGAAGUGUUGAUAGCGGUGAUUGUGGGCGGUGUGGUGGGAGCCCUCUUCGCUGCCUUCCUGGUCAUGCUGCUCAUCUACCGGAUGAAGAAGAAGGACGAGGGGAGUUACACGCUGGAGGAGCCCAAGCAAGCCAACGUCACGUACCAGAAGCCUGACAAGCAGGAGGAGUUUUACGCGUAGAAGGAGAGCCAGGCGUGCCUCGUGCUCCCUCCCUCCCUGCUCCAAACUCUCCCCCCUCCUCUCCUUCAUCCAGUCUCUCUCUCUCUCUCUCUCUCUCUCUCUCUCUCUCGGAUCAGACUGUGAAUUUAAAAAGCAAA